UCAGCAUUUCAAAUAAUUUGGGAUUUGUUUCGAAAACUACUUGUGAGUUGUGUGUCUUUGAUGACUUUGGUUCAUGCCGUGUCUUUGUAAAAGUUGGUACAUGUAGCUACAAGUUCUGCCUCUGGUGCAAUUCUCCUCAUCAUUUUCGUACUACACUAGGUAGCUGAAUCCAUAGGCCAAAAGGCACCUGCUAGUCACUAUGAGCAAUAGCUCACCUACCAGGACGGUGGCUGAACCCAGCCCUGUGACGAGUGUGGCAGAUUCGUCUCCUGCUGCGAAUAUUACGUCCAAUGGUCCUGGGGCAGAUAGUAUGGAAGUGGACGAGCGAUGCCGCGUCGGGAACGAACUGGAUGCUGCACGCAUCCUGAAGACGGACGGCGAUGUUCAGUACUACUGCUACGUGGACGAGAGACAAAUGCCGGCGAUCAUGACAUUGAUGAGUAAAGAUCUCUCAGAACCCUACUCAAUCUAUACGUAUCGCUAUUUCAUAUGCCAAUGGCCUCAUCUUACAUUCCUGGCUGUUUGCAAUGGUGUCUACAUGGGUGCCAUUGUCUGCAAGCUGGACCAGCACCGCUGCGGGAUCAACCGUGGCUACAUCGCUAUGCUGACCGUCGACAAGGCGUAUCGGAGACGGCGCGUUGGCACAACGCUAGUUCACCUCGCACUGGACACAAUGAUGGAAGGUCAAUGUGAUGAGGUUGUGCUGGAGACGGAGGUCACGAAUCAAAAUGCUCUUAGCCUUUACGAACGUCUCGGCUUCUGCCGUGACAAGCGCCUUGUCCGGUACUACCUCAACAAUGUGGAUGCACUGCGACUGAAGCUAUGGCUGACGUGAGUGGUGAUCACAGCACCUCCUCGUAUCUUCACACCUAACAUAAAGCUUAGUGUUGAAGACUUGCAUUGGCCCCCUGUCAAAGUCUUGAUUCGCCAGUGUGCUCCCCACCUCGCUGAACAGAACCCAAUGUGCUUGCGCGCGUACUAUGCGUGUGUGUGUGUGUGUGUGUGUCGUCAGAUUUCACACACACACAAAACAAGAGCUAAGAAAUGCGGAUAUUAUGCUUGUGCAGUUUUUCUGCUUGCCUGCUGAGUAAGUUCCAUGUAGCAUUUGGUUUGUGAGAGUCUUGUCAAUUUGUCUCUGAAUUAUGGUUUGAAAGGUUAUUUUAUUUUAUUUUUAACGGGUUUAUACAUGCGCUCGUACCAGUCCAUAGCCAGAAUGAUGGACCAGUGUUGGUCUUCUCUAGCAGAUUUAUGAAUCCAGAACAGUUAACUCCAGUA